AUGAACCUUGAAGAGUAUUUUACGAGAACUGGCUAUAAAGGUUCCCUUGAAAAACAAGAUCUGGAAACCUUGACCGAUAUAUUCCAGCACCACAUCCGUGCUGUUCCCUUCGAAAACCUCAGCAUCCAUUGUGGGGAGAAAAUUACGUUGGAGUUGGAGCAUGUUUAUAACAAAAUCGUGCGGAAGAAGCGGGGUGGGUGGUGCAUGGAGAACAACCAGCUCUUGGGAUGGGUCCUGAAGCGCCUGGGUUACGACGCCAGCUUUCUGGGAGCCUACGUGUUCAAUCCACAGCAAAAUGCGUACGCCAACCUCAUGACCCACCUCCUUGUAAAGGUGGUUAUCGAUGGCAAAGUCUAUAUUGUUGACGGAGGCUUUGGCGUAUCCUAUCAGAUGUGGCAACCGAUGGAGCUUGUGUCAGGGAAAGACCAGCCCCAGGCUCCCGGUGUCUUUCGCUUCACAGAAAUAAAUGCCAUCUGGUACCUCGAGAAACUAAGACGGAAACAAUAUGUCCCCAAUCAAAAUUUCUCUAAUUCUGAUCUCCUGGAGAAAAAAGAGUGUCGGAAGGUUUAUAUGUUCAGCCUGGAGCCACGGACAGUGGAAGAUUUCUAUUACCAGUGCACGUACCUUCAGACGUCUCCAGAUUCCCUCUUCACAAAGAAGUCCAUCUGUGCCCUCCAGACCACCGACGGUUUUCAUGCGCUAAUUGGGUGGACACUCACCAAGACCACGUACAACUACAAGGAAAAUACGGAUCUGGUAGAAUUUGUAACUCUCGAAGAUGAAGAGGUGGAAAAGACACUCAAAGAGAACUUCAACAUAACCCUAGAUAAAAAACUUGUCCCAAUUAACAUCAAAGGAAUUUAUACCAUCUAG